AUGUCCAAAAGAAACGGGCCAGAGCACCCUGAAACCAAACACCCAACCACCAAGCGCGCCAAAGAGGUUGACGCCCACCCACCUUUUGGAGAGCUCACGGGGUUGCUAUCAGAUCAGGGAGGCGGGAAAGGCGUUCAGAAUGUGCUGCACUGGUUUCGCAGUAAGGAUCUCCGCAUUCAUGACAAUAAAGCUCUCAAUGCUGCGUCUGAAUGUGCGCAAAAGUCAAACAAGCCUUUGCUAUGUGCUUAUGUGAACUGCCCCGCUGAAUUUCACUGGCACGGUACAAGCCCGGCGCGGACGGAUUUCAUCUUUGAGAAUUUGCGCAUGAUACAAACGGAGUUACAUCAACUAGACAUUCCUAUUGUCUUUCUCGAAGCCCCGGAACGUGAUGAGAUCGUGCCACAGAUAUGCAAGUUCAUCAGGGAAACCAAUGUCUCCUUUGCCAAUUUCGAGUAUGAAGCGGACGAACUCAGGAGAGACGUCAAGUUUGUUCAAGAAGCCACCUCGGGGUCCGCUUCCUUCCAAGUCUCCUUGCAUCACGACCAGACCGUUAUGGAACCCGGCACAAUGGUGACAGGCGGUGGCAAGCCCAUGAAAGUCUUCACGCCCUACCACAAAUCAUGGCUCGCGGAGAUUCAGUCUGACCCCAGUCCUCUCGACACAGUCUCCGCACCGUCGAAGAAUUCGGCAUCGGCGAAGAAGGCCCUCCAAGCCCACUUCGAUAGCGCUGUGCCGAAAGCGGCCAAGGAGAAACAAUUCGCCAGCGACCAAGAAAGAAAAUCCAUCCGGCAACUCUGGCCAGCCGGCCACGAAGCCGCCGUCUCCCGACUCAACGACUUCAUCCAAAACAAGAUUGAAGGUUACGCGGCGACGCGGUCCAAUCCUGGAAAAGACAGCACCUCCCGUCUGUCACCAUACUUCAGCGCGGGCGUCAUUUCGAUACGUGAGACGCUGACAGCCGUGCGCAAAGCCAACGGCGGCUCAGCAGACUUCUCGCAACCCCACGCAUCCGCAGGGAUUGCGUCGUGGGUGCGAGAGCUAGUGUUCCGGGAGUUGUACCGACAGACCACGGUGACGACGCCACACACGGCGAUGAACAUGCCGCAGAAUCUGAAGUUCGACUUCGUGCAGUGGGAGAGCGACGACGAAGGGUACAAGCGGUGGGAGCAGGGCACGCUGGGUGUGCCGUUCGUGGACGCAGGGAUGCGGCAGCUGAAGGCGGAAGCGUGGAUGCACAACCGGUUGCGCAUGAACGUGUCGAGCUAUCUGUACUGCAACCUACUGAUCGACUACCGCCGCGGCGAGCGCUACUUCGCCGAGACUCUUGUCGACUGGGACCUGAAUAAUAACACCCAGGGCUGGGAGCCCAGCUACACCGUCUUCAACCCCGUCAGCCAGGCCGAGCGCAAUGACCCCGACGGCGAAUAUAUCCGCAAAUGGGUGCCUGAGUUGAAGGACGUCCAGGGGAAAGCUGUCUUUGAUCCCUAUAACCGCCUAAGCAAGGACGAAUUUGAGAAGCUGGGAUAUCCACCCCCCUAUGUGGAUUGGCAUGAGACUAAGCAGCGUGCCCUGGAUAGAUUCAAGAGUGAUAUGAAGGAUGCGGAUCCUUAG